CUGCGCGCGGCCGGAGACGGCGCCGCGCGGGUGUGCGUGAGGGGAGCGGGCUGGUGGGACUCGGCGGCCGGCGGCGGUCAUGGGGCACGGCGGGCGGCGGCCGUAGGUGUCCGAGCCUGGGCUUCAGCCCCCCGGAGCCGCAGAGGGCGGGGCGGUGCGGGCCCGGCGGUGGCGGCGCCGCUUCCCAGCUCCCGCCCUCACAGUCCGGAGGGAGCUCGCGGCGGACUGGUGGACCGGGCGGCGCGAAUCUGACUGAGGGGCGGGGACGCCGUCUGUUCCUCGCCGCUCCCGGCCGGGCCGGCCGGCCCCUUGGACAGCCCCAGGCCCCGGACCUGCGUUGAGACCCGCAGCGGGGCUAGAGGCGGGCGGUGGGCCCGGGCGGAGCCCCGCCCGGAGCCGGCGGUUCGGGGGCGGCGCUAGGCCCCGAGGCGGCCGGGCCGGAGCGCGGGGAGCGGGAGUGCGGGCCGGGCGGCAGCGGCAUGAGCCGGCCCCCGCCGACGGGGAAAAUGCCCGGCGCGCCCGAGGCCGUGCCGGGGGACGGGGCGGGCUCGAGCCGCCAGAGGAAGCUGGAGGCGCUGAUCCGAGACCCUCGCUCGCCCAUCAACGUGGAGAGCUUGCUGGAUGGCUUAAAUUCCUUGGUUCUUGAUUUGGAUUUUCCUGCUUUGAGGAAAAAUAAGAAUAUAGAUAAUUUCUUAAAUAGAUAUGAGAAAAUAGUAAAAAAAAUCAGAGGUCUACAGAUGAAGGCAGAAGACUACGAUGUUGUAAAAGUUAUUGGAAGAGGUGCUUUUGGUGAAGUCCAACUGGUUCGACAUAAGGCAUCACAGAAAGUUUAUGCAAUGAAGCUUCUUAGUAAGUUUGAAAUGAUAAAAAGAUCAGAUUCUGCUUUUUUCUGGGAAGAAAGAGAUAUUAUGGCCUUUGCCAACAGUCCCUGGGUGGUUCAGCUAUUUUGUGCCUUUCAAGAUGAUAAGUAUCUGUACAUGGUAAUGGAGUAUAUGCCUGGUGGAGACCUUGUAAACCUUAUGAGUAACUAUGAUGUACCUGAAAAAUGGGCCAAAUUUUAUACUGCUGAAGUUGUUCUUGCUCUGGAUGCCAUACACUCCAUGGGUUUAAUUCACAGAGAUGUGAAGCCUGACAACAUGCUCUUGGAUAAGCAUGGACAUCUGAAAUUAGCAGAUUUUGGCACAUGUAUGAAGAUGGAUGAAACAGGCAUGGUACAUUGUGAUACAGCAGUUGGAACACCUGAUUAUAUAUCACCUGAGGUUCUGAAAUCACAAGGGGGUGAUGGUUACUAUGGGCGAGAAUGUGAUUGGUGGUCUGUGGGUGUUUUCCUUUUUGAGAUGCUAGUAGGGGAUACUCCAUUUUAUGCAGAUUCACUUGUAGGAACAUACAGCAAAAUUAUGGAUCACAAAAACUCACUAUGUUUCCCUGAAGAUGCAGAAAUUUCUAAACAUGCGAAGAAUCUCAUAUGUGCCUUUUUAACAGAUAGGGAGGUACGACUUGGGAGAAAUGGGGUAGAAGAAAUCAAACAACAUCCUUUCUUUAAGAAUGACCAGUGGAAUUGGGGUAACAUAAGAGAGACCGCGGCUCCUGUAGUACCUGAACUCAGCAGUGACAUAGACAGCAGCAAUUUUGAUGACAUUGAAGAUGAUAAAGGAGAUGUAGAAACCUUCCCAAUUCCUAAAGCUUUUGUGGGAAACCAGCUGCCUUUUAUAGGAUUUACCUACUAUAGAGAAAAUUUGUUAUUAGGUGACUCUCCAUCUCGUAGAGAUAAUGAUUCAAUGCAAUCAAGGAAAAAUGAAGAAAGUCAAGAGAUUCAGAAAAAACUAUACACAUUAGAAGAACACCUCAGCACUGAGAUACAAGCCAAGGAGGAACUAGAGCAAAAGUGCAGAUCUGUUAAUACUCGCCUAGAGAAAAUAGCAAAGGAACUAGAAGAAGAGAUUACCUUAAGGAAAAAUGUGGAAUCAGCAUUAAGACAAUUAGAAAGAGAAAAGGCACUUCUUCAGCACAAAAAUGCAGAAUACCAGCGGAAAGCUGAUCAUGAAGCAGACAAGAAACGGAAUUUGGAAAAUGAUGUUAACAGUUUGAAAGAUCAACUUGAAGAUUUGAAAAAAAGAAACCAGAACUCUCAAAUAUCCACUGAGAAAGUGAAUCAACUCCAGAGACAACUGGAUGAAACCAAUGCUCUGCUGCGAACAGAAUCUGAUACUGCAGCCCGGUUAAGAAAAACCCAGGCAGAAAGUUCAAAACAGAUUCAGCAGCUGGAAUCAAACAACAGAGAUCUGCAAGAUAAAAAUUGCCUGCUGGAGACUGCCAAGUUAAAACUUGAAAAGGAAUUUAUCAAUCUUCAGUCCAUUCUAGAAUCUGAAAGAAGGGACCGAACCCAUGGAUCAGAGAUAAUUAAUGAUUUACAAGGUAGAGUAUCUGGCCUAGAAGAAGAUUUAAAGAAUGGCAAAAUCUUACUAGCAAAAGUAGAGAUGGAGAAGAGACAGCUACAGGAGAGAUUUACUGAUUUGGAAAAGGAAAAAAACAACAUGGAAAUAGAUAUGACAUACCAACUAAAAGUUAUGCAGCAGAGCUUGGAACAAGAAGAAGCUGAACACAAGGCUACAAAAGCACGGCUGGCAGAUAAAAAUAAGAUUUAUGAAUCCAUUGAAGAAGCUAAAUCAGAAGCCAUGAAAGAAAUGGAGAAAAAGCUGUUGGAGGAAAGGACUUUAAAACAGAAAGUGGAAAACCUGUUGCUGGAAGCUGAAAAAAGAUGCUCUAUAUUUGAUUGUGAUCUCAAACAGUCCCAGCAGAAAAUAAAUGAACUCCUGAAGCAGAAGGAUGUGCUAAAUGAAGAUGUUAGAAACUUGACAUUAAAAAUAGAGCAAGAAACUCAGAAGCGCUGCCUUACCCAAAAUGACCUGAAGAUGCAAACACAGCAAGUUAACACACUAAAAAUGUCAGAAAAACAGUUAAAGCAAGAGAACAAUCAUCUCAUGGAAAUGAAAAUGAGCCUGGAAAAACAGAAUGCUGAACUUCGAAAAGAACGUCAGGAUGCAGAUGGGCAAAUGAAAGAACUCCAAGAUCAACUUGAAGCAGAACAGUAUUUCUCAACCCUUUAUAAAACACAGGUGAGGGAACUUAAAGAAGAAUGUGAAGAAAAGACCAAACUUUGUAAAGAAUUACAGCAGAAGAAACAGGAAUUACAGGAUGAAAGGGACUCUUUGGCUGCUCAACUAGAGAUCACCUUGACCAAAGCAGAUUCGGAACAGCUGGCUCGUUCAAUUGCUGAAGAACAAUAUUCUGACUUGGAAAAAGAGAAAAUCAUGAAAGAGCUGGAGAUCAAAGAGAUGAUGGCAAGACAUAAACAGGAACUCACUGAAAAAGAUGCUACAAUUGCAUCUCUAGAAGAAACUAAUAGGACACUAACUAGUGAUGUUGCCAAUCUUGCAAAUGAGAAAGAAGAAUUAAAUAACAAAUUGAAAGAUGCCCAAGAGCAGCUAUCAAGGUUGAAAGAUGAGGAGAUAAGUGCAGCAGCUAUUAAAGCACAAUUUGAGAAGCAGCUGUUAACAGAGAGGACACUCAAAACUCAAGCUGUGAAUAAGUUGGCUGAGAUCAUGAAUCGAAAAGAACCUGUCAAGCGUGGUAAUGACACAGACGUGCGGAGAAAAGAGAAAGAGAAUAGAAAGCUACAUAUGGAGCUUAAAUCUGAACGUGAAAAGUUGACCCAGCAGAUGAUCAAGUAUCAGAAAGAACUGAAUGAAAUGCAGGCUCAAAUAGCUGAAGAGAGCCAGAUUCGAAUUGAACUGCAGAUGACACUGGACAGUAAAGACAGUGACAUUGAACAGCUGCGGUCACAGCUCCAAGCCUUGCAUAUCGGUCUAGAUAGUUCCAGUAUAGGCAGUGGACCAGGGGAUGCUGAGGCAGAUGAUGGGUUUCCAGUUCAUAUCACUCAGUCACACACUAUGGAAUCCAUGUCAUUCACCUACCAACGUUCCUCUACUUCUCUCAAUAUUGCCACUAAGCCUUCCAGUUCUCAUAUGCUUCUUGACUCUGAUUCUGACUCAGAAGAAGAAUCUUUGCCUAACUUACCUAUUUCAUCGGAACCUAAUGGUACAGAAUCAAGACUAGAGGGAUGGCUUUCAUUGCCUGUACGAAACAAUACUAAGAAAUUUGGAUGGGUUAAAAAGUAUGUGGUUGUGAGCAGUAAGAAGAUUCUUUUCUAUGACAGUGAACAAGAUAAAGAACAAUCUAAUCCUUACAUGGUUUUAGAUAUAGACAAGCUAUUUCAUGUCCGACCAGUUACACAGACAGAUGUUUAUAGAGCAGAUGCUAAAGAAAUUCCGAGGAUAUUCCAGAUUCUGUAUGCCAAUGAAGGAGAAAGUAAGAAGGAACAGGAAUUUCCAGUGGAGCCAGUGGGGGAAAAGUCAAAUUAUAUUUGCCACAAGGGACAUGAAUUUAUUCCUACUCUCUAUCAUUUCCCAACCAACUGUGAGGCUUGUAUGAAGCCAUUGUGGCAUAUGUUUAAACCUCCCCCUGCUUUAGAGUGCCGUCGCUGCCAUAUUAAAUGUCAUAAAGAUCAUAUGGACAAAAAGGAGGAGAUUAUAGCACCUUGCAAAGUGUAUUAUGAUAUUUCAACGGCAAAGAAUCUGUUGUUAUUAGCAAAUUCUACAGAAGAGCAGCAAAAAUGGGUUACUCGGUUGGUGAAAAAGAUACCAAAAAAGCCUCCAGCUCCAGACCCUUUUGCACGGUCAUCUCCUAGAACUUCAAUGAAGAUACAACAAAACCAGUCAAUUAGACGGCCAAGUCGACAGCUUGCCCCAAACAAGCCAAGAUUACUUGAUUUGACAUUUAAAGACUGGGAUUGGUCAUUUGAUGAUGUUGAUGGUGGUGAUGAUGAUGACGAUGUAUUUGAUUUCUGAAGAAAUAAAUGGGCUAACUGCCUUCUGUGAAUGCAGUCAUUAUUCAAGGUGAUCAUGUUCUCCCAGUUAAAACAAGACUGAAAUAUGAUGGCCCAAAAUUUAUUAAAAAGCUGUAUUUUUCUGAGUGACUGAUAAACUCACCCAUACAUACAUACAUAUAUAUACACACACACGCAUAUAUAUGUAUGUGUAUAUAUAUAUAUGUGUAUAUAUAUAUAUAUACGUGUAUAUAUAUGUUCCCUUUAUUCCUGCAAUAUAAAUUAUAAAUCUUCGAAGAGAUUUUUCUGGGCUCCUUUGGAGCAACAAGUUGAACCAACAGUGACUGGUUAAUAGAGUAAGAAUAUCAUAUGCAGCUCCUUUAAACUUGUUCCAUAAAGCUCUCUUUGGCAGUCACUCACACUACACUGCACAAAAGGAUUGAAAAGAAUUAAACUUCAAAAAAUCAUCUUUUCAGCUUCAACAGAGAGAUAUCACCAGCAUAUUUAGCAGACAAAUCUCGGAAUGGAUUCCACUACAGUGAUACAGACUACAUCUUUAAGAAAUGACCAUUAACAAAUACACACAUAGUACUGUAAUACUGCAAGAGGGUUUUUUUAAUUUCCCACUUUAUUUUUUUUAUACACAUUAAUCAGAUAUCAUUACUUACUGCAGUUGUAACUAUGCACUUGUAUAAAGCCAUAAUAUUGGAGUUUAUAUCACUCAUUUGUGUACUUGAGGGAAGCUGCAUGCUCCUGUUUAAGCAGUUACUAUAACAAAAAGUUUGAAGUUAAUUGUCAGUUUCCUAAUGCUUUAUGAUAGGCAACUUUAUCCAUUUUGAAUGCCUUAAUUUAAUUUUUUUCAAAGUCUCAAUCCUUUACUAUAUUUUUAAAAAAAGAACAAGUGUUUACCAGCUCUUAGAAUGCAAAUUUGCUUUGCAGAAGAAAAAUAGUACACUAUUUUUACACAUAAUGGUUAUCAAUGUCAGCCUAUUUUGAUUGUAUAACAGCAUUUUUUUAAAGUAUUGGUGAUAGAAACAAUAAUGGAUAGUAUUGGAACUAAUAUAUCUUGUAUGUAUAUCUAUUAUUCAUCCAACCCUUUAUACAGACCUCAGUAUUAGUGUGUGACUAUGAAACAUUUUCUUUGUUUUGAAUUUGCUGGCUACUCUAGGUGUGUUUUUAUUUCUGAUAAAGACAUUUGUGAUUAUUUUUACAUUUUCAGACUCAAAGUUCAAAAAAUAUGUCAAGUAGAAGAAGACCUAAGACAUCCUGUAGAUAUAUUUUUAAAUAUUUAAAUGUAAUCCCUUAAAUACACAACUGUGUAUAGCAAUAUUUCAGUAUUGGGUUAAGAAAACUGGUGACUGGGAAGGAGUAGCCUCAAAGGAACUUACAUUGAUUUAUAUUUUUUAAAUGCUAUUAAAGUUACAGUUUAUGUAGGAUCAUUCCUGCUCUAUUUCUCAUUAUCCCAGAAAAAUGUAUGUUUUAUACUGCUACAAUAUGCAUCAAUGAUAAGCAGCAAGUGAAAAAAAAAUUACAUAGUCUUUUAUCAAUCUCUCUUCGUACACACAUAAAUGCAGAGUUUGGCAUGAUAUUGAAAUAUAUCAUCUAGUAUUUCAAUGAAGGAAGUAGACAUUUUUCAUUGAUUCCCUUUAGAGUCAGUGUAGAGAUGUUUAGAGAGUUAGAUUACCAAUUGUAAAUACUAUUGUGGAAAUUGAAGAGGGGCUUUGGGCCUACUGGUGGACUGAAACUGAAUCUUGUUGCUCUUACACUACCCAUCCUGCACUCCUUCAUGCUGCCUGGGCUGAGACUAGAUUUGCAUGCCAUUUCCCUCGCAGGACAUGUUCUGCAGUUCUGGUUUGGGGCACAGCUUUUUUUUUUUUAAGUAAGAUUAAAAAAUGAAAAAUAUAUAAAAUUUAUAUAGAAUAAAUAUUUCCAUUCAUUAGACUUAUUAAAAGGAGACUGAAUUAAUAUUUUAUAUAAAGAUUUUGUUACACUAUGGGAGGUUCUAUCAUAGUAUUCUGAAUUGGAGAGUAUAUAUAUAUAUAUAUUUUUAAUAAACUUUAUUAAGGUGAAAUAAUUUGAAGUUUACACAUGAGUAAUUGAAAUAUUUGAGUAAAAAUGGCAAGUUUAAAUUUUGAAUGCUGUAUAUAUUAGAGAAUAUGGAGAAUCAUGGUGUGAUGCAACUAUAUAAGGAAAAUUAAUGUGAAGUUUUGGGGGGGAAAAGAUAUUUUAAGGGGUGAAAAAUAUCUCUCCCAUGGAGAUUCUUCACAUUAUAUGGUUUGACAUAAGGGUGUAUAAGGUUGUUUGUCCAACUAAUGGAAAUGUGCUUAAUAAAAAAUUCUGACCUUGGGUAAGAAUUUGCUUUUCACCCAUUGCCGGUUUCAUGUACCUAACACGCGUGCAUGCCCUUCACCAAGUGUCCUGUUUGCAGCAGUCAUUAGUAAGAUACUGGCUUGGUUUCACAACCUACCUAAUUUUGUAUCAGCUCGUCUUUUUCUUGAGGCUCCAAAACUUCCAAGAUAAAUAUAAGACCGAAAGUUGCUUAUUUCCUCACACCUGAUUUCUCCUAGAGCCAUAAAUACCUCCUAUUGAGAACUAAGAAGUAAAUAAUGAAUAGCGAGAUUUUCUUAGUGGGGUUGUUUGCUUUUGGUUAGUGGGGUAGCAAGGCAAAAGUAGAAGGAAAACUGGUGCCGGUAUUACUGUUGAAAAUAAAAUAUAUGUAUGGUGAAUUCCUGAAAUGUAUUCAUUUUUUUAAAAAACAUGCUAUCUUGAAGCAAAAUUUUUAAAAAUCUACACCAAUAAAUCUAAAAUAAAGGUUAGUGUUUUCUAAAACUAACCUCUGCUAGAUGAAUCUGGCUCUGAAGGAUCUCCUUGUGUAUCAGUGUGUCUGUAGACCCUCAAGAAGGAAUACUCUAGGUUGCCAAACCACAGUUAUGCUGCUGUUAACCUAUUCUUACAGGAUUCUGGUGAUAAAAUAGAGAAACUUAAAGACACUAUAUUACUUUAUUGAAACAUGCUUUAAAUAGCAUGUUUAAAAUCUGAUGAGAGCAAGUCACCUCUGAGUUUCUCUGCCUAUGUUGACACUGCUACUGACUCACCUCUCCUCCCUGGAAUAAGGCUUCAGUUUCCCUAUGUUGUGAAGAUACCAUGGUUGAUUUGUAAAGCACUUUGAAGAUAUGCACUGUCUGACAGUGUUGAAUCUUAUGCUUGGGGGGCCUCUCCUUGAUUCCCUUCCCCUUAUAAUAAUGAGUUUUGUUAGGAAUUGUAAUAAGUUAUGAACUGCAUGGUUUAGAUAAUCAUAAAUAUUUGGUCAGUUGUCCCCUUUGAACAAAAAUCAUAACCCCCCUAAUUUUUUUUAAAUUUUGUUGCAUCUUUGUAGUAAUGUAAUUGUAUCUUAUGCCUGCUUUUUAUAUUAAAAAAUAAAUAAAAUAAAUUAAGACAUAA